AUGGAAUUUACAUUACUAGAAAUUGCUCGCGAUCAGUGGUCAGCGUUGAGAGAUUUAUAUACCCACGACCGGACAAAUCUAACGGGUUUCGAUCUAAUCAACUACUUUAUAAGUUACAAGCCCUCAUCUGAUGCCGACUCAAUCAAGAUAUAUACAACUGAUAAGAAUUGGAUCACACAUGGCAGCUAUAUUCUUAUCCAUCAAUUAGAUAACAGGACCUAUGUUUACCUGUUAUGUGGCUAUGGAGAAUAUUUAAAGCCACUUGUUGAGCAAUAUUGGUUGAAUCUCGGUCAAGGCUUGUGUAAACUAGAACAUCUGGGCACUAUUGUUUAUCACCUGCCCAAAUCCAAAGUCCCAUGCUGGAAACCAAGCUCAAAUCUUUUGAUUAACGUUGGUUAUCUCAGUGCAAAGCAUGCAGCCUUGGUCGAUCAACACUGGGCUUAUCGAACACCUGAUUCUUUGCCCUGGAUAAGGGGGCUUAUAGAGAAAAAUGCUUCUGCCGGUGUUUUUGAUGCCCGCGGAGAACUUUUGGCUUGGUGUCUACGGUCUCCCCAUGGCAGCCUGUGCAACUUGCAUGUGCUAUCCUCGCAUCGUCCGCAAGGAUUGGGAUCCUUGGCAGUGCUUUUUAUGGCUAAUGAAAUAAAAAGCUUCGGCUCCGAAGUUCUAGCCACAGUUGUUUUUGAUAAUGAGAGCUCCAAGAAAAUGUUUGAGAAUUUGGGAUUUAAGCCCAUCAAUAAGUUGUACUGGGCAGUAAUGCCACCCCUUCAUUAAAUAAUAAUAAACAGCACCAAGAGGUUCUUAUGAAAACGUCAUAAAACUAGUUAAUCAGUUUUCCCACUUAUCAGGAAAUGUAAAUGUGUUAAUAGUCGGUUUUAGUCAAACAACUGUUAGCACACAAGCGUUUCUUUAUCUCUCUCUUCAAAUAAAAAUUUCUCUUAAAACCAGACCAUAUUACUCCCUGCUCAGUCUUAAU